AUGACUCUCCUUCACAACAUCAUGACCGUCUCCUUCGUGACUCUAGCAGUAUUUCAACCUGGCAGUGCGAACGCCGCCAAUUGCACAGACAAGGAGCAAUCCACAAUCGACAGCGUCUACAAUGAGCUGACCAAAAGCACGACGUGUGCAGACCUCAUCUCCAACUCGGACACCACGUCGCUCGACUACUGCAACAGCAGCGACUGCAUCGCAAAGCUCAGCGCCACCGUCGACCAGCUGCCGGACUGCACGGGCGACGAUGAGAUCGAUCGCAAGACCGGAUUGCAGGCAAUUGUCACGUACUGCGCUGACGUAACGAAGGUGAUGGGCCAGUCAGCGUCUGGCGCAGGAAGUGACAUUGUCUCGAGUGCUUCGAGUGGUGUCCUGGCCGUGUGUGUUCUGGUCGCUCAACUGUCAGUGGCUCUCUAUUUCUUCGCGGGAAUGUUGUAG